UUGAGUGUGUGGUUGCUCUAUGUACCGGCGCGUAUUCAUCUCUAUUGCUUCUGUAUUAAGUCAGAUAAUUUAUUAAUCUUUUUUUUUCAUGUGAGAUUUUUGAAUCGACGUGUUUUAAUUUAUGAGCAGGUUUGGUUGGUAAGCGCCAGAUAUGAGGACUGUUUUGAUGGUGGCAGAGAAACCCUCUCUCGCCCAGUCUAUCGCCAAAAUACUCUCUAAAGGUAGCUGUUCGAGUCGAAAAGGCCUAAAUGGAGCAUGUUCGGUCCACGAAUACACAGCAAACUUUAUGGGCCAAAACAUGAGGUUCAAAAUGACAUCGGUGUGCGGACACGUCAUGAGUCUGGACUUCAUUGGAAAAUAUAACAACUGGGAUAAAGUUGAUCCAGCCGAGCUGUUCAGUAAAGCACCGACUGAAAAGAAGGAAGCAAACCCCAAACUAAACAUGGUCAAAUUUCUUCAGGUUGAAGCUAAAGGUUGUGAUUAUGUCGUCCUGUGGUUGGACUGUGAUAAAGAAGGGGAAAACAUUUGUUUUGAGGUCUUGGAUGCCAUUCAGCCAGUGAUGAAUAAGCCGUACGGUAAUGACCGUACGGUUUAUCGGGCCAAGUUCAGCUCCAUCACAGACACUGAUAUCUGCAAUGCUAUGAACCGGCUCGGAGAACCCAACAAGAACGAAGCUCUGUCUGUAGAUGCUCGGCAAGAACUGGACCUCCGAAUUGGCUGCGCUUUUACGCGUUUCCAGACCAAAUACUUCCAGGGUAAAUAUGGGAAUUUGGACUCUUCUUUGAUUUCCUUUGGUCCCUGUCAGACUCCCACACUGGGUUUUUGUGUGGAACGUCAUGAUAAGAUCCAGUCCUUUACACCGGAGUUGUACUGGGUUGUCCAGGCAAAGGUUUUUAAAGGGAAGGACAGCCCACUCACUUUGGACUGGGACCGCGUGCGGGUUUUUGAUCGUGAUAUUGGUCAGAUGUUUGUUAAUAUGGCAAGAUCUGCUAAGGAGGCUAAGGUUGACUCUGUGACUAAGAAGGAAAAAGCCAAACAGAGACCUCUUGCAUUAAACACAGUGGAGAUGUUAAGAGUCGCCAGCUCUGCUUUAGGAAUUGGUCCCCAGCAUACAAUGCAGAUAGCGGAGCGUCUUUACACGCAGGGUUACAUCAGCUACCCUCGUACAGAGACCACACACUACCCUGAAAACUUUGACCUCAAAGGGACGCUCAAACAACAGGCCAACAGCUCAUUCUGGGGCGAAACUGUUAGAGCUUUGCUCUCAGAAGGCAUAAACAGGCCGAGGAAAGGAGCAGAUGCUGGAGAUCACCCGCCGAUCACACCCAUGAGAGCGGCUUCAGAGAGUGAGCUUGGCAGUGAUGGUUGGCGUCUGUACGAUUACAUCACACGGCACUUUAUAGCGACAGUCAGCCCCGACUGUAAAUAUCUCCAGACCACUAUAUCUUUCAGCAUCGCCACAGAGACCUUCACAUGCACCGGGAAGACGCUCAUUUCUGCUGGAUACACUGAGGUGAUGCCCUGGCAGGGUAUUCCACAGGAAGAAGCUUUACCGGUGUGUGAGCGAGGAGAUGUAUUCACAGUGGAUGAGAUCAAACUGCUGGAGAAACAGACCAAUCCACCAGACUACCUUACAGAGGCGGAGCUUAUCACACUGAUGGAGAAACACGGCAUUGGUACGGACGCCAGCAUUCCUGUCCACAUUAACAACAUCUGCCAGAGGAACUAUGUGACUGUUGAAAGUGGCCGUAAACUCAAACCCACCAACCUGGGAAUUGUUCUGGUUCAUGGUUACUAUAAAAUUGAUGCAGAUUUAGUUUUGCCAACUAUCCGGAGCGCUGUGGAAAAACAGCUGAAUCUGAUCUCUUUAGGGAAAGCGAACUUUCAACAGGUCUUACAGCACACACUGGACAUAUUCAAGAGGAAGUUUCACUACUUUGUGGACUCGAUCGCUGGUAUGGAUGAACUAAUGGAGGUGUCGUUCUCUCCGAUUGCUGCUACGGGGAAGCCACUUUCUCGUUGUGGCAAAUGCCAUCGCUUCAUGAAAUACAUUCAGGCUAAACCCAGUCGCCUGCAUUGCUCGCACUGUGAUGAGACCUACAGUUUACCCCAGAACGGAGCCAUUAAACUUUACAAAGAGCUGAAAUGUCCUCUGGAUGAGUUUGAGCUGGUGCUCUGGACCUCAGGAUCUCGAGGCAAAAGUUACCCCGUGUGUCCGUACUGCUUCGGCAACCCCCCCUUUAGAGACAUGAAGAAAGGAAUGGGCUGUAAUGAGUGCACCCACCCUUCCUGCCAACACUCCCUAAACUCUCUUGGCAUCGGUCAGUGUGUCGAAUGCGAGACGGGUGUCCUCGUUUUCGAUCCCACCUCUGGCCCCAAGUGGCGCAUGGCCUGCAACAAAUGCAACGUAGUGGUGCAUUUCUUUGAACACGCCCAUAAAGUGCAGGUGUCCCAGGACAGCUGCGAGUCCUGCGAAGCCUCCCUGGUUAUCGUAGACUUCAAUAAGGCGCGCUCACCGUUGCCUGAUGGUGAAACGCAGCACACCGGCUGUGUGUUUUGCGAUUCUGUGUUUCAGGACCUCGUGGAGCUGAAACAUGCGACCAUGCGGCAUCCUAUGCACCGGGCCGGAGGGGCCCGGAGAGGGCGGGGGAAGGGACGAGGAAGGAGACCGGCUGGGAGAGGGAAUGCUAAGAAACCCAAGGAUAAAAUGGCAGCGUUGGCAGCGUAUUUUGUAUAGAAUGUAUUUGUAGAGUAUUUGCUGUGAAGUAAAACUCAAAGCCAAGUAAACAGAACAAAGGUGCAAAUGGAAAAUAAUGGCAAUAAAGUUUGUGUAACAGAA